AACCUCUUCACAUGGCAUUUUUAAGAAGCUGGGAAUUCCUGGGCCAAAGCCUCUUCCCUUUUUUGGAACUCUUCUGGGUCACCACAAGGGUUUUUGGGACUUUGACACAAAAUGUUAUAAAAAGUAUGGAAAAAUAUGGGGGUUUUUUGAUGGUCAUCAGCCUGUGUUAGCUAUCACAGAUCCAGACAUGAUCAAAACAGUGCUGGUGAAAGAAUGUUAUUCUGUCUUCACAAACAGGAGGUCUUUUGGUCCUGUGGGAUUUAUGAAGAAGGCCCUCACUAUAUCUGAAGAUGAAGAAUGGAAGAGGAUAAGAACAGUGCUGUCACCGGCCUUCACCACAGGGAAACUCAAGGAGAUGUUCCCCAUCAUAGAACAGUAUGGAAAUAUACUGGUGAAGAACCUGAGGCAGAAAACCAAGAAAGGUGAACCUGUGUCUAUGAAAGAUGUCUUCGGGGCCUAUAGCAUGGAUGUGAUCACUGCCACAUCAUUUGGAGUAAAUGUCGACUCCCUCAACAACCCACAAGAUCCCUUUGUGGGAAAAGUCAAGAAGCUCUUCAAAUUUACUUUUUUUGAUCCAUUGUUCUUCUUAGGAGUACUUUUUCCAUUCCUUAUACCAGUGUUGGAUGCAUUAAAUAUCUCUCUGUUUCCAAGAGAUGUUACAGACUUUUUUAAAAAGUCUGUUGAAAGUAUGAAAGAAAGUCGCCUCAAAGAGAAACAAAAGCACCGAGUGGAUUUUCUACAGCUGAUGAUAAACUCCCAGAAUUCCAAAGACACAGAGUCUCAUAAAGCCCUUUCUGAUCUGGAGCUUGUAGCCCAAUCAAUUAUCUUUCUUUUUGGUGGAUAUGAAACGACCAGCACUACUCUUUCCUUCGUUAUGCAUGCAUUGGCCACUCACCCCGAUGUCCAGAAGAAACUGCAGCAGGAGAUUGAUACAAUUUUGCCCAAUAAGAAACCUGCCACCUACAAUGACCUAGUACAGAUGGAGUAUCUGGACAUGGUAGUGAAUGAAAUUCUCAGAUUAUACCCAAUUACUGGUAGACUUGAGAGGACUUGUAAGAAAGAUGUUAAAAUCAAUGGCGUGGUCAUUCCCAAAGGGUCAUUAGUUUUGAUACCAAUCUAUGUUCUUCAUCGAGAUCCCAAAUACUGGAAAGAGCCUGAGGAGUUCUGCCCUGAAAGAUUCAGCAAGAAGAACAAGAACAACAUUGAUCCCUAUAUUUACCUGCCUUUUGGGACUGGACCCAGGAACUGCAUUGGCAUGAGAUUUGCUCUCCUAAACAUGAAACUUGCUAUCAUCAGAGUUUUACAGAACUUCUCCUUCCAAACAUGUAAGGAAACACAGAUACCUAUAAAGUUUAGCAAACAAGGACUUCUUCAACCCGAAAAAGAAGUGCUUCUGAAGGUUGUUCCAAGAGAAGAGAUCUUAAAAAGAACCUAAUUUUUCCUACAAUUUUCAUCUAUUUUUCCCAAAUUUAAAAACCCAAUCUAUAAAUGGGCAUCAGAAAUGAACAGGCACUGCUUAGAAGUA